UUAAAAAGGCUUUAACUCCCCCCUCAUUCCAUCCAUCCAUCCCAUCUCACGCUCCAGCUCUCACUUUUCCUUUCAACAUCUCGCUCUCUUUUCCCUCCUUCAGCCCCCUCUGUAUCUUGAGUUUUGUCGUUUGUUCUCUCCGCCUUUUUUCCCACAAAGAGGCAAUCUUUGUAGGAAAGAGAUUCGCUUAAUACACCCAUUUUGAAAGGGGGGCCCAUGGAUGGGAGGCUAGCUUGCGAAGGAUUAGGGAUUCGACUACAGAUGACCCGCACUUUUGGACACGCUUUGAUGAGAAAUGCUGCGUUCAACCACAGAUGACUUCCCAGUAUGGGACAAAGGCUACUUUCUGGUUUAAAGGUUGGGAUCCAGUCCAGCUUCUGCAGAUAUGUCGCCGAGCAUCUAUGACAAACAGGGAUCCAGCUUGUUUGACUGAACAGAAGGAUACUGACCAAGGAGGGCUGAGCUAAAGGAAGCGGCAUGGAGGAAGAAGCAGUAAUGGCUGAGGUGGAACAAGAGGAGCCAGUUUCCAAAGGGGAGGCUGACGGCGACGUCAUCCAAAAAGGUCCAGUCAAAAGGGGAAGGGGCAGGCCACGGAGUUCCAAACAAAAAAAUGCCUCUGCUGCAGAGCUGAUCCAGGAUGAUUCAGACAGCCCGUCACAGAGGGGAAGAGAAGGCCAAAAAGUAUUUAAAACAAAAGCGACAGAGCAGCAGGACUCUGGGGAAGAGCUCACUGAGAGCUCUGUUACAAUUCACAAGCGCAGAGGAAGACCAAAAGGGUCCAAGAAGCAAACUAGUAGUGAAAAAACGGUUGAAACAGAACUCUCCCCAAAGAAACGAGGACGGCCAAGAAAAUCAGACUCUGUUAAGAAACCUGUUGCUGAAGGCAUACCAAACGGCAGCUCAGAUGCUCCAAAAAGAGGCCGUCCAAAAGGAUCGGUAAAGCGCAAGUCUGAAAGCUUAACAAGCGGUGAGGAAGAUGAAUGUAGCCCAGUUACACCUCGGAAAAGAGGCCGACCUAAAGGAGCUCGCAAUAAAAAAUCAAGGAUGGAACGGGAAUAUAGCGAUUGGGAUGCAGAAGCCUACAGAGCUCAGAAAUCAGUGAAGACAUUGAGAGGUCGACCGAGGAAGCCUGUGGUGAAGUACAGCAGUGGACCUUCCAGGACCAUUUCAAAGAAACCUGGGAGAGGAAGAGGGAGACCAAGGAAAAACGUGUAUAUCUCUGAGCCAUUGAAGAGGGGAAGAGGUCGGCCAAAAGGCUCUCUGAAUAAGAAGCCGUCUUCAUUGAUAGCGCAUGGUAAGGUGGGAAGGCCUCGUAAAAUAUUCAGUCUUCCUGUAAAAGGGAGGAAGCCUGGUCGACCGCGGUUACAGCCAGGCAAGAGAGGAAGACCACGGAAGUAUCCUUUACCUUCACCAGAGGAGCUGAAGAAGCCUAAAGUAUGGAAACCCCUGGGAAGGCCGAGGAAAUAUCCUAGAGCCGAUCCUCCAGAGGAAGCAUCACCGGCACCUAGAAGGGCCCGCGGUAGGCCCCGCAAGUCAGAGUCCAAGAAAGGUGCUCACUUACGAAAGAAAGCGCUCAGUCCAUCCUCUGCACGUGCCCCAGUCGAUGGACUAAAGAGGAAAAGGGGCCGCCCUCCGACAACCCCAAAGAGUGAUGAAGGGGUCGUUCGGAAAAGGGGCCGCCCUAAAGGCUCGCUCAACAAAAACAAAGCAGGGGGCGAAUCACAUGCCGACCAUGUGCUUCCAAACCACUCCAAGCCCGAGAGCGAGUGUCCCGCCGUCGGCAUGGAAAUGGAGCAAGAGCUGACAGAGGCAGAGUCGAUACCCACGAAGCACACGGAUGAAACGGAAGAAACUGUCCUGGUUCAGGAUGUUAGCAUUGAACUUAGUGAGGAGGCUUGAUAAAAGACUCAGGCCGUUUCUCAAUUCAGUAGAAUGCGAGUAUCGACUCUCGUUCUCGCCAAGUAUGUUCUUGACAAGAACACAGGAAAGUCUGGAGGGAGAAUGGGAGCAUGCAGCAUAAAUAUGGAUCAAUUGGAACAGAAGCGUACUCGUGACAUCACCACACGUUCGGCUCGUUAGGAGUCGAACUGCUAUUAAUAGUCUCCAGAUAAUAAUAAAUUCUUACUUUUUUCAUGUAGUAGAGGAAUAAUAACACAGUCAGAUAAACAAAAAUCAAAUAAGCAUUUUGCCAAAUGAAAAAAAACAUUUGCCAACAGAGCCAGUGGUACUUCACCCUGGGCUUUGCCUAGAGAAGGCUGCUGCAGACUGGCUAAAGUUAGCCCCGGCAGCGGCUAGCCUCGGAGGCCCACUGGCUGCCAAGUUCCUCUCAACAUUGGAACUUUUUUUUUUUAUCACGCAUUAAAUCAGUAAAUGGACCAUCUAGUGGCUCUUAAAAGUAUAAUUUUUCACCUUAAAAUUAUCUUAAAACAUACUUUUAUAGAACAGCGGCAACAGAAAAGUGAACUUUUAAUACUCUGAGCUCUGUGAGCGGUCCAUUUGAAGCUGCUGCUGCCGCAGUGCAUGCUGGGACAGCUGGGAAUCUCGAGAACGGACAACUCUGCUCUGAUACAUACUCUGUAAAGAGGGAGGGGCGAGAACAACAUCCAGGGUCUGUGUCUGUUCUCGGUCUUGUGUUCUUGUGAAUUCAAACAACGCUAGGUCUGAGGCUGAUGACGUUUCACGAGCACAUGAGAACGCACAAGUACACACAUUGAGAAACGGCCUCAGUCUGACCAAAACAUUGGCGUCAGUCAUUACUGUUGACUCAUAGAUGACAUGUUUCACCUUCUGUCAGUUCACUAGGCUAGAUGGCCAGCAGCGCUGCCACUUUCUCCCCACAGUGGUUAUCUGUACUGGUUUUUAUUUGCUUUUUGAAAGUUAUUUUGGUUAACUAAGUGUGAAAAGGUAGGUGUGGUAAGCAAGUGUAGACAGAUUUGUCUAGGUUUUAUAAUGAGGCACCUGUUUGGAUGUUUUUGUUGUUGUUGUUGUUGCCUGAUCUACUUUUGCCAAUUUUUGUUGUCUGAUUUUUAUGCCUAUUUUUCUCUUUGUUACAAAGAAUAAAACAAGACAAAUUCAACUUU